AUGUCUCUCUCUACUCCUUACUCUUACUCUCAAUUCUCUCACGAGAUGGAGCUUGACGACCCUGUCGCCUAUUCUCCCUCCUUCUCUUCACCUCAGACCCUCCCCUCUGAGAUGGAUCUUGAUGAAGAACCCUCUUCUUACUCUUCUUCUGAGGCUUUUCAAACCCCUUUUCCUAGUGAGAAGCGUGGCUCCUACCAUCCUUCUUGCUCUAAUGGCCGUCCUAAGAGCCCGUUCACUGGAGAGCGUUCUCAAAAGUGUCAGCGUUCUAAGAACAAUAAGGCCAAUACCGAAACCAAGGUCCGAUCCCACCGCAGUGGAGAGAAACAGGUUGGCAAGUCUGAAAACCAGAAGCAAAAGCCGGAGAGCGCGGAGAAGCCGAAGCCGAAGGGCCAGCAGCGCAAGCAGCAGCCCAGACAGCUUAAGCAGAACCGUGGCCUGCAACGAGCUGGAGCCAAGGAAAAGAAGCCUGUCAAUCCGUUUCUCGUUUCUCGCGCUUCGGUCAACAGCCAAGGCCAACGUCACUAA